AUGGAAGUGGUAUCUGCGAGACCUGCGAGGAAUGCGGCUGGGGCCUACAAGGGUUGCGGCUCGGAUGUAAGUGGUAUCUCCGAGGCCUGCGAGGAUUGCGGCUCGGCCUGCGAGGAUGGAGUUGACGGUAUUAGUGGAAUUGAUGGAUCAGGAAUGGGGGUACGCCUAAGUAAGGAGAAUUUCAAUUCUGAGAUAUUCUUAAACUAA